ACGAAAUAAAUUCGAAUCUACUUCGAUCUUGCUGAUCAUAGUGAUCGUGACUAACUCAUAUACUCAUUUGCUAGAAGCUGUUGCGAAUAGAUUCCACAUUCUUUUUCUGAUCUGAUUAGUUUUUCGUUGUAAUUUGGAGAUAUAAUGGGGUCAUCAUUUUGGGGUAAGAUGAUUUGCUUCUCAAUUGUAAAUACUAAUAAAAUCCAUGAAUAUUGUGGCGAAAUGUCUCAUCCAACCAACGUCGUUAUUCAUAUUACAGCGCUGACUUUACAACCGGGAAAUAAAUACUCGCAAUACGUGAAUGAGUCCUUUUGUAUAACUAUGGCAAGUUUGGAUAUCACACAUGCUAGUGACAAACCGAUACAAGUAAUGAUGACUUAUGAGCAGACAAGAUUUUUGCUUUGUACUUUACACAAAGAUAAACCAUGGCAAGUUCAACUCGACGUUCUUGUGCAAAAGAAAACUGUUGUAACCCUUUCAUGCGAUGGUGAAAGUUACGUUUAUCUAAUUGGACAUUAUAAAAUUGAUUUGAUAAAAAUUCCAUUUAACCCAAACUGGAUAACAACUUUAUCUUGGCACAUCUUAGACGAAAAAAUAAAUGAACUAAAAAAUAAAGGAACUUCUCCAGAAGAAUUAACUGAAUAUUUGAAUAAAUAUACAACAGUAAAAAUCGUGGAAAAAUGGAUAGUUACACCAUACUCUAUUAAAAAGAAACAAAUCCAAAAAGAUAGAGAACUUGUUCAAGUUCCAAACUUAAAAAAAAAAAGUUUUGUGAAAGAUAACAACAGAACGAAAAAAGCAAAGUGCGUAAAGUCAUUAUUUCAUUGCAAUGAAAAUAUUAAUUUUAAUAAUGUUUCUUCUGAGAAUUCUUCUGAGAUUUCGUCUGAGGAAUCUUCUGAGAGUUUUUCUAAGGAUUCUUUUAUGGAAAGUAAUGACGAUGUUGAAAAAAAUGAUAAAGAAAAUAAGUCAAUAUAUCAUUUUAGAUCAAAAAAUAAGCAAGAAAUAAAAGAGAAACAACAGAAAGCUAAAGUAAUCGAGAAAAAAUCGAAGGAAAAUCCUAAUAAAACAAAAAAGAAUAGCAAGCAGCAAGCUGAAAGAAUUAUAAAGGAUGGUGUAAAAAUGCGAGAGUUAAGACCUGGUACUGGCAAAAUCGCAGAAGUGGGCAAAUAUGUCACAAUCUUUUAUGUAGCUUAUAUGAAGACCGGACAAAUAUUGGAAGAAUUUGAUCGAUUUGAAAAUCUUGGUUUUAGAUUUAAACUCGGUGCAGGAUUCGUGAUCAAGGGCUUGGAUGUAGGAAUAAUUGGAAUGAAAAUUGAUGAAAAACGUCGUCUUAUAAUGCCACCCAAUAUGGCAUAUGGAGAUGAAGGUUAUGGACUCAAAGUUCCACCUAAUUUAACAGUUAUAUAUGAUGUUGAACUUAAGAAAGUCGAAUAA